AUGAAGUUAACAAGCGAUCAAGUUAAACAAUACUUUGAACAAGGAUUCUUGGUAAUUCCAGACUUUGUUCCACAUGAUGAGAUUGAUGGAUUGCAAUCUCAGAUGGCCAAACUCAUCAAAGAGUUUGAUGUUGAUGCCACCAUAAAGUCAGUCUUUACAACAAAGGAGCAACAGAGGAUAACAAACAAAUACUUCUUGGAGAGUUCAGAUAGUAUUAGAUUCUUCUUUGAACCGGAUGCAAUUAAGGAUGAGAAGUUGGUAGUUGAGAAGGAUGUGGCGUUUAACAAGGUUGGACAUGCACUGCAUGACUUGGACCCAGUGUUUGAACACUUCUCCUAUCACCAACGUAUAAAGGAUUUGAUAAAGUCACUGGGCGUGUACAACCAUCCAUUGUCUGUCCAAUCAAUGUACAUAUUCAAGAAUCCAAAGAUUGGAGGAGAGGUUGGCAUUCAUCAAGACAGUACCUUCCUCCACACCACGCCCCUCACCACCCAUGCCAUCUGGUUCGCCUUUGAAGACUCCACUAUCGAGAAUGGAUGUCUCCGUGCUCUCUCUGGUUCACAUAAGAAUGGCACAAAGAGAAGGUUCAUCAUUAAUGAGGAGAACGAGACUGGUGUGUUCGUCCCACCAGAGAGAGACGAUAGUAUAUAUGAUCGUAAUGAGUUUGCCGCUCUGCAAUGCAAGAAGGGAUCAAUUGUGUUGUUGGACGGUGCAGUGGUACACUACAGUGAGCCAAACACAUCAGCCAAGUCACGCCAUGCCUACACACUUCAUUUUAUUGAAGGAGAUGGAUCGGCUGUCUACGAAAAGGACAACUGGCUCCAGCGUAACAAUCCAGCACUACCAUUCCGUGAGCUCUAC